CAAAGAGAUGGAGAAAGUCUGUUGACAGCUGAACUGUCUCAAACCCAGUAACCAGACAUACAAUUUCCGCUUUUUCUGAAUCUAUCCACAUUCGUUUUCAGACAUUUAACCAUUUGAGGCACUCUGGAGGUUCUUCCGGGAUAAUUUUAUUCCCAAAACGAGGAGAUUUCUUGUGUUUUGGCUGCAGUUUAACUUGUGUCUCCUACUGGAAUGGAACAUGGCAACGACUGAGACGCAGCUGAUGUUGAGCGUCGGAUUAAUUGAGAAAGACGUGAAUGGAGACACGUUGUGGGUGUGGUGUUAUCCCUCCGUCAGCGCUGAGCUGAGGCAGCUGCUGCUCAGGAAGUGCUGCCUGACGCAGGAUGGACGGGAUUUCCACACCUUCGUGUUCGGCCAGUUCAGCCGGACCUGGUACUACAUCACAACGCUGGAGGUCCAGGAGCCGACGGCGCUGAACAAGGUCACCCAUUUUUCGAUCGCUGUCACAGCAAAAGACUUCAACCCUGAGAAAUACGCUGCUCUCAGUCGAAUACUCUGCAGGAUGUACGUCAAGCACGGCAGUCCGGUCAAGAUGAUGGAGGCUUACAUCACCGUCCUGACCAAAGGAGUCUGUCAGAAUGAUGAAAAUGGCUUGUUUCUAAUCAAGGAUUAUGACGUCCGAAAGGCGUACCUGGCAGGUUCAAUCAAAGACGUUGUGUCUCAGUUCGGCAUGGAGACCAUCAUCCUGUACACAGCCCUGAUACUGAAGAAGAGGAUUGUGGUCCAUCAUCCUCGGAUUGAAGCGCUCCUGGAGUUCACCAGAGUGCUGCCGGCUCUGGCCUGGCACAGGAAGGACUGGUCCGUCCUGCAUCCCUACGUUCACCUGACCGCAGCUGAACUGGACGACCUGAAGAAAUGCCCCGGUUACAUCGCUGGGUUUGUGGAUCCAGAAGUGAGCAACAGGUUGGAGCUUUUUGACGUGUUUGUGAGCCUCCCAGACAGUGUGAUCACCGUGUCCCAGGGCGCCAAAGACGCCAUGGCGAUGGGGAAGUUGCACAAGGACGUGGCUCAAGUCAUCGUCCAGUCUGCGGAGGACGCUGAGCGAUCCGACAGUCAGGUCAUCAAGGACAUUUCCAUCAAGACAAAGGAAAUCCUCACCAACCUGUGCGCCCUGGCUGACGCCUGCGAAGACUCUAAGCUCACGCUGGAGGUUUUGAAGCAGCAUCACUUCCCCCCGGCCACCGAGAACUUCCUGUUUCACCUGGCAGCUGCAGAGCAACUCUUACGGAUAUAAACUGGAGCUUGUGCCGCGUCGUCUCGGACACUUCCUGUCUCCUCAAAGGCCUUUUUUUCCCCUGCACUGAAACCUGAAGGUGAGGAACCUGAGGUUCCAGGUUGUUGAUAAUUAACGUUUUAUUCAAAAUUUUAAAUGCUGAAUGCGAUUAAAACCUGAAGGGUUUUAUUUCUUAAUGCGUCUGUGGUACGAUUUACAGAAAGAAUCUACAGAAAUCAUAGACAUGAAUUCAUGUUAUUAUGGGAUUUUAAUAUGCAACUUCAUUGAAUUUAUUCUUUUCUUUAAAAUCAUACAUAAAGGCUCAAAGAUACUAAUGUUCCAUCAACAAGCUUCUGGUUUCAUUCUAAAUUGAUAUUUUGCAACUUUUCUUGAAUUAAUUAUCCUUUUAAAUUGUUUUCCUUCACUGCAAAAAACAUUAAAUCUUACCAAGUUUUUUUUUUAAUCUACAGAUGAAAUUAGACAAAAUUAACUUAUAAGUAACUUUUCAGAAAGAUGUAGGAGCUUUUUUUAAAAAGUAAAUAAUUCCUUAAUAUUGAUGAAAACGUUCUAGUUCCACUGGCAGAUUUUUUAUGUUGUAAAUAAAAUAGUAAUUUUGGACUGAUUCAAGCUCUAUUGAGUUUCUUUGAGCUUUUCAUCUUUUGCUCAAUCCAAGGAGUCUAAAACAAUCGUUUUUAUGUUGCCACAGAGUAAUAAUGAGCUUCUGGCAUCAUAUCAAACCAGAAGUUUAUAAGUUUGUCAAGUGAAAUAAACGUCGUCCAUUCGUCGUCUGCAGUUUUUGUAAUCAGAAGAGCUAUUUUACGCUCAGUCCAGCUAAAAAAAUAUUUUGGGUCGCAAAUGUUACAGGAUCUUUUGAAGAAAAAAAAAAGUGGCCUUGUGUUUGAAGAACCAUGAUUUUAUUUUUUUGUUUGGGUUUUUAAACAAAGAUGCAACAUUUUUGCAAUUACAUUGGUAGAUCUUGAUCUUUGUGGAAAAUUAUAUAUUAUUUCCUCUAAAGUUUAGAUAUUUAAACCAAAUAUUUGUACAUUGUGAUGUUUGAAAUCAGUUAGAAACUCUUGUUUGGGCUGAUGAUGCCGAUUCUUAUUCUGAAAGAAUUACAUAUUUUCCAAACUACUGGGAAAAUGCCAUGAAUGAAUGUAUGCAUCUCAGCCUGUACGCCUAAUUUUGUCCCUUUGUGGAUUAAAAACAAAAUCCACAAUUCAAACUUUAUCACCAAAUUGUUUGUUUUAUCAUCAUCAAAAGAACUGUUUAAAUAAAUGAACAAAAAGUAAAGGUGAAUCUUAAAUUUGAAGCUCUGUGCUGAUUGCUGCAGUCAGAUCAAUACGUCCUUUUUUAUUUUAUUUUUUUAAAGAAGUCUCUGUUUGUGCUUCUGAUUACAUUUCCUACAUUCCAGCUUCUUGUUCAAACGGAGAUUGAGUGAAAAUGAUCCUCAUGUGACGAGAUGUUAUUACAAAAUUGAGUUAGUAAAAACGAAUGCCUGGUUUUUCCCUCUUAAUCAGUUUAACGUUUUGUUUUGUACUAAUAGGAUCAGUGCUGCGGGUUAUUUUUUAAACAUGUUUUUUU